UGCGUUGCAGUGUGUGCAACAAAGAGUUAAUCGGCACGCUCAGCAAAGUCGUGAAUCACCACACCCAACCGCCGGGCAAUGCCCGCUGUCCCCGUACCACCGGUGAGAUUCUUUCUAUGAUUCAGAGCAAGCACCCGAAGGGCCUUCCGACAGAUGCUGAGGAUCCGCAGGAUCUUGCAUUGGGUGAUGGAGCUGGUGCAUCGGGGGAGCCCGGUACAUCGUCGGCAGGGGGAGACGGUGGGCGUGACACAGGUUCAACGGGGGGACAAGGCAGUGGUGUCGGUUAUGAUUCAACAUCUAUUCAACGGCGGGAGAGGGCAGAUUUUGUUGCCUAUACAGCCGCUCCGGAUUCCAGGGGGCCUGACCUCCCGUCGAAGAUUGUUGACCACCUGCGGGGUCCCAUUCUGGCUGCCGCUCGCUCUCCGCAACCUCCAUCGGGUGUGCAGCAGUCGUCCAUGACGAGUAACGUGGUGGAUGAGCUGCAGAAGGAGUUCGACCAGGGGGCUGCUUCGUUCUUCUUUGAGAAUGCAAUCGCCUUCAAUGCCGCGCGCUCAGACUCGUACAAGAACUUGGAAAGGAUCAUGAACCCGCCAGCGAGGUCGAGGAAGAUGUUGCGAAUGCCAGGGUACAACUACUUGAGGACGAAGGCCCUGCCCGCGGAGUACAAAGUGGUGGACAAUGAUUUGGACAAGAUCCGAGAGCCGUGGGAUGUCACAGGCCUCACCUUGAUGACGGAUGGCACAACAACGACCAGCAACAGGCCGGUCAUGAACUUCAUUGCAGCCGGCGAUUCGGAGGCCGUCAUGGUGAGGAGUGUGGACAUGGAGGGGAAGGAUAAGUCGGCUCCGGCUUUGGCGAGGAUGUGGGAGGAGGGCACGGAGAUCACAACCUUCAUCAAGAGACAUCAGCGGGCGUUGGCGACGUUUUGGAAAAGUGGGAGGGAGUACAGGACACGAAUGAACAUCAAAGAAGGGAAGCCGUUGGAGCUGAUCCAACGGGGGGAGACUAGAUUUGGCAUGAACUUCCUCAUGCUGCAGCGUCUUCGGGAGUGUGAGGGCGUGUUGCUGUUGACUGUUUCCAACCCACUGUGGGAUGACUCUCCAUGGGACAGGACAGCAGCGACACGGGCGCGGUCGUCCAAGGAGCUCAUACGAGACCCUGGUUGGUGGUUGACUGUGGAGAGGGCAUGCACCUUGCUUGAGCCCGUUUACACCUUGAUGAAGAACAUGGACAGAGAUGGGAGGAUGGGUAUGCAGGUGUGGUCGUUGGGCAUCACGUUGGAGAAGAGAAUGGCCGUGCUACCCAUGGAUCACGAGACAAGGCAGUUCGUGAUGGCCAAGGUCAAAGACCGUGUGCGGAUGAUGGCUCUACCUGUGCAUGCAUCGGCUUGGAUGUUGCACCCGCUCCACCAAUCACCUCGACUCUUCGACGACUUGGAUUCCGAGGACAUUAUGAACACUUUGACACACUUUGCUUCGGUUCACCCGAAGAAUUCAAAGGAGUACAAAGAGUGUUGGAACUCCCUUAAGAGUUUUCAUCACAUGGAUCCGGAGUGGAUUGGGAAGAACUCUGAGGAGGCUUUGACGGGCAGUCACGUGUCUAUGGCGCAGUGGUGGUUGACUUAUGGGAAGAGGCACCCAACCUUGAUGAAGAUCGUUGUCGAAGUGCUUAGCAUGUGGACCACAGCCUCUCCAUGUGAGAUGAAUUGGUCCACGUUCGAUCUCGUUCACUCGAAGAGGAGGAACCUGUUGAGCCCGGAGAACCUGGAGAUGCUUGUCUUCAUCCACUGGAACAAGAAGUUGUUGCGCAUGUCGAAGGCCAAGAUGGGAUUUGUGAACACCGAGCAGCUAGAGUGGGAGACACCCGAGGACGACGCUCCUUUCGACGGUUUCAUGCGAGACGGGGGGUACGACCCCGCAGAGGUGAAGAGGAGGGCUGCCAACUGGUCGAAAUCUCGAGGGCGCAGAUCGAAGAGCACCAGAUUCGACGUGCGGGAGAUUCGGGAGGAGAGGGUGGAUGACAGGGCGUGGCUCCUUGAUGUUUCCUACCGCCCUCGCCGUCUCGCGGUUGACGACCGCGGGAAGACCGCUGCUGCUGUUGAUGAGGAGGAGGACGACACAGACGACAACGAUGGUGAUGAUGAGUUACUUGAAGUGCGGCUCACAGACAAGGGGCUUAGCAGGCGGUCGGGCGGCAGGUCAUGUUCCGCAAAGGAUGUCGACAUCACGCCACUGGCUGGCCCUGCAUCCGGCGGGCCUUCGGCGGCUGCUUCGGUGUCAGUGAUGGGCGACGUUGGUGCCUGUACACGACUGCGCAACUGCGCGGCCGGUGGCUGCGGGGCGACAUGCGAAGGAUCGACGGAUGUUGACGAGGACAGUGCUGCUGCGGGGGAUGUUGGAGACUUUGGUGUGUCUAUGGACGUUCUGGUUCCCGGUGCUGCUGAACACGAGGAUGGAGACACAGGUGCGGACAAGGACGACCCGGUCCCUGGAGCAGCGGAGGACACCCAUUGCACCGGCGGCGAUGUGUUCUCCACUCCGGACCCAAGGUUGCCGCUGGCUGACAGAUUCGCCUCCUUGUUGCAACACGUGGCCCCCAUUGCUGCAAGAGGCUCCAAGACAGACUUCCAGAAACACCUGGCUGCGAUGUCCCCCAUGAGGACUGAUUCCGAGGGACAGACUCCUGAUUGGGCCAGAUUCACUGGACCGACCCCUCCCACUCUGCAGUUGAGCGAGGACACUCCCACACAGGCCGGGGACGGAUCGCAGGGCAUGGUGUACAGGAGGAGGACCCGAGCUGCUGGACUUGACCACCCACAAGAUGCAGCUGCACACGUGAGCCAGUGUCGCCGCCCGAAAUCAACGCGAGCUUGGUGCACCAAGUGAAGAGUUUGGCGGGCAGGAAGAAAGGAGGGAAGAACAAGCCGAAGGAGACAGCGGAACCGUCGAGACAAGGUGGACGAG